UCCGCCUGCUGUCAUUACACGCAUUGACCUCCAAACAUGGCCGGUGUACGAGCCUUGGGUUCUCUCUCCAGACUCUCAAGCAGGAGAUAUGACCUGUUUACAGGUGCCACCAGGAGAACGUUCAGAAUUGCUUCCUCUAUGAUGGCUCGUACACAUGUAAAUUAUGAGAUCAAGGGAGAUGUAGCUGUGGUUCGCAUCAAUGACCCAAAUUCAAAGGUCAAUACUCUGUCCGUUCAAAUGCAAAGUGAGCUGACAGAAGUUAUGAAUGAGAUUUGGGGAAACCAUGCUGUCCAGAGCGCUGUGCUCAUCUCAUCCAAACCUGGCUGCUUCAUUGCAGGCGCCGAUAUCAACAUGAUUCAGGCCUGUAAGACUUCAGAGGAGGUCUCCAGACUCUCUCAGGAGGGACAGAAGAUGUUUGAGAAGAUUGAGAAGUCUCCCAAGCCAAUUGUUGCUGCCAUUAAUGGAUCGUGCCUUGGUGGAGGCUUAGAGGUUGCCAUCGCUUGUCAGUACAGAGUAGCUACCAAGAAUAAGAAGACCAUUCUUGGCACUCCUGAGGUCAUGCUCGGCCUUCUGCCUGGAGCUGGAGGAACACAGAGACUGCCCAAAAUGGUUGGUAUUCCCAGUGCCUUUGAUAUGAUGCUAACAGGAAGGAACAUCCGUGCGGAUAAAGCCAAGAAAAUGGGACUGGUCCACCAGCUGGUGGAUACUCUCGGGCCUGGAAUAAAGAGUCCUGAGGAGAGAACUAUUGACUACUUGGAGGACGUAGCUGUGGACAUUGCUAGGGGAAUUGCUAACAAGAAAAUCAAGCUUACCAAAGAAAAGGGCACGGUGGAGAAGAUCCAAGACUAUGUCAUGAGCUUUCCGUUUGUCAGAAACCAGAUCUACAAUACAGUUGAGAAGAAAGUCAUGAAACAGACUAAAGGACUGUAUCCUGCACCAUUGAAAAUAAUAGAGUGUGUAAAGGCUGGUUUGGAGCAGGGCCAAAAUGCGGGUUACCUGGCAGAGUCACAGAAUUUCGGCAAGUUAGCCAUGACCUCUGAAUCCAAAGCUCUUAUUGGCCUGUAUCACGGUCAGGUCAUAUGCAAGAAGAAUCGAUUUGGAACUCCUGAAAAAGAUGUGAAAUCACUUGCUAUUUUAGGAGCUGGGCUUAUGGGAGCAGGUAUCGCCCAGGUGUCUGUAGAUAAAGGAAUUCACACCAUUCUUAAAGAUACCACAUUGGAGGGUCUUAACCGUGGACAGCAGCAGGUCUAUAAAGGACUAAAUGACAAAACUAAGAAGAAGAGCUUGACAACAUUUGAACGGGACAGCAUUCUGUCCAAUCUCAUGGGGAAGCUGGAUUACAGCGGCUUUGCGAAAGCAGACAUGAUCAUAGAAGCCGUUUUUGAGGACCUCAGCAUCAAACACAAAGUCAUAAAAGAAGUCGAAGCAGUCAUUCCUCCCCACUGUAUAUUUGCAACAAACACAUCUGCUUUACCUAUCAAAGACAUUGCUGCUGCGAGCAAGCGACCUGAAAAGGUUGUUGGAAUGCACUACUUCUCUCCAGUGGAUAAGAUGCAGCUGUUGGAGAUCAUCACAACUGAUAAAACAUCUAAAGACACCACAGCUUCAGCGGUGGCCGUCGGCCUGAAACAAGGCAAAGUCAUUAUCGUUGUUGGGGAUGGACCAGGAUUCUACACAACCAGAUGUUUAGCUCCCAUGUUGGCAGAGGCAGUGCGUGUACUGCAGGAAGGUGUUGACCCCAAGAAGCUGGACGCACUGACCACAGGCUUCGGCUUCCCUGUGGGUGCUGCUACUCUGGCUGAUGAAGUUGGCAUCGAUGUGGCAGCUCACGUGGCUGAAGAUCUCGGCAAAGCCUUUGGCUCCAGAUUUGGUGGUGGAAAUUUUGGUGUUUUAAAGACCAUGGUGGACAAAGGCUUCAAGGGUCGUAAAUCCGGCAAGGGCUGCUACAUCUACCAGCCUGGUCUUAGAAGGAGAGAUGUAAACCCAGAAAUUCUGGACAUUUUGGAGACUUACAAGCUUACACCAAACGCUGCCGUAUCUUCAGAUUCAGAUGUACAGUACAGGUUGGUGUCUCGUUUUGUGAACGAGGCCGUUCUGUGUCUACAAGAGGGAAUCCUUGUCAAUCCAGUUGAAGGUGACAUUGGAGCUGUGUUUGGUCUUGGGUUUCCACCCUGUCUUGGAGGCCCCUUCAGGUUCGUGGACAGCUUCGGAGCAGACAAAUUAGUAGAAAAGAUGAGAAGGUUUGAAGAGGUUUAUGGGAACCAGUUCACUCCUUGCCAGCUGCUGCUCGAUCAUGCUAAGGAUCCAAGCAAGAAAUUUCAUAAGUGACUUAAGCCCUCAUGUGCCAGCACUACUUCACAGAAUGUGUGAAGAUUAAUGUGAGAAAAAAACAAUCGAGUAUGUGCACUUAGAGUACUGAAUGUGGAAUAAAGAUUGUUCCUUAAAAAGGACGUUUUUACAUUGCAAGUGAAAAUAAUAUCAUUUAUGUUCCCCGUAACUUGCCAUGUGCAUGGUUAAUAUUCAAUUAGCCUAAUGCCGAAAUAAACUGUAGUUUCUGUGUUGUUUUUGUACAUUAAUGAAUUACGUAGGUAUCUUUUUUGUUUUCUAGUGACAGCAUACAAAUAAAACAUACAGUCAGACACCAAGUGCAUUCCAGUACAGCUCAGGUGUCAUUUUAGUCCAAAAGCACUUGUCUGUAAAAUUACUAAUUUAGUUUAAGAUGUUCCUUGUGCUCGAUCUCUGUUUAAAAAUCAAAAGUGGCCUCUAAAAAAAAUUCAUGUGAAUAAAUUAAAUGAAAUUUA